UGCUUUAAAACACAACUCUCAGCAAACCAUAUAUUAUUCAGCCUUUUUGGUCAAUGACCAAAACGUAGCAAAACAAUACAGCUUUCCCUUCUUUGGCAAUUUCAAACACUCUUUCUUCUCAGGAACAAUGACCAUUGAAGAACCUGAGCCAAACCCCAUCUCAGAUCAUAUUCUUGACUGGCUCGAGGACUCUGUAACGUUCCUCCCAUCAUUCUUUGAUGAUCCUUACCAUGCUGGCGGUAUCGACACCUAUCAGUGGUGGACACAAGGAGAGAAUUUAGUCCAAGAACAGCUGAUUAAUGCAAGCGUUAGUCCUGUAGAGAACACAGAUGUUGUUACUUUUACUAACGCUACUGCCAUAAUGCCUAGUGAUUAUUUAACCAUUCCUAGCCCUCCGCAGCCAUCGGAUUCUUCGAAGAAACGGAGAAAUGCUGAUGACCCUCUUCCAAGAUCAACACAAAGUCAACAGCAGAGGAAGAAUCAGGUUCGUGGUCGGAUCAAUGAAAAUGAAGAAGGGGAUGAAGAAAUUGUGACAGUUAAAAGGUCAGUUGGUAACAAGAAGAACUCAAACAAGACUUCAGGAAGUAACAAUAAUAACGGUAAUAACAAGGAUGGUAGAUGGGCUGAGCAGUUGCUUAAUCCUUGUGCCAUGGCAGUCACAGCCGGUAACUUGACUCGUGUCCAACACCUUUUGUAUGUCCUCCACGAGCUCGCCUCACCUACUGGUGACGCCAAUCACCGGCUGGCAGCUCACGGACUCAGAGCCUUGACCUAUCAUUUGUCAUCUUUAUCAUCUUCCUCUUCAACAUCUACAUCAAUAGGGUCUGUUUUUGCUUCUACAGAUCCGAAAUUCUUCCAGAAAUCUUUACUCAAUUUCUAUGAUAAGAGUCCAUGGUUUGCCUUCCCAAACAAUAUUGCAAACUCUUCUAUCCUUCAAAUUCUUGCUCAAGAACACGACAAUUUGAGGAAUCUUCACAUUCUUGAUAUUGGCGUCUCUCAUGGUGUGCAAUGGCCUACACUUCUUGAGCCUCUUACAAGAAGACCAGGUGGUCCUCCUCCUCUAGUUCGCCUUACAAUUGUAGCUCCGAGUGUUGAAAGUGAUCAAAACACUGAGACCCCAUUUUCGGUUGGUCCUCAAGGUGACAAUUAUUCCUUACAACUUCUCACUUUUGCCAAGUCUAUGAACUUAAAUUUACAAAUCAACAGACUAGAUAGCUACUCUUUACAAAAUCUUAAUGCACAAGUCAUCAACCUUUCACCUGAAGAAACGUUAAUCGUCUCUGCGCAAUUUAGACUUCAUCAGUUGAAUCACAACACCCCGGAUGAAAGAACUGAAUUCUUGAGAAUGAUAAAAAGCUUGGAGCCAAAAGGAGUAAUUCUCAGCGAAAACAACAUGGAUUGCAGCUGCAGCAGUUGUGGUGACUUUGCAACAGGUUUUGCGCGGCGAGUGGAGUACUUAUGGAGAUUUUUGGACUCAACAAGUGCAGCAUUCAAAGGGCGAGAGAGUGAAGAAAGGAGAGUAAUGGAAGGAGAGGCGGCGAAGGCGUUGACAAACAGGGGAGAGAUGAAUGAAGGGAAGGAAAAAUGGUGUGAGAGAAUGAGAGAAGUGGGGUUUGUUAAAGAAGCGUUUGGAGAAGAUGUGAUUGAUGGAGGGAAGGCUUUGUUGAGAAAGUACGAUAGCAACUGGGAAAUGAGAGUUGAUGAGAAAGAUGGGUGUGUUGGGCUGUGGUGGAAAGCUCAGCCUGUAUCUUUCAGUUCACUGUGGAAGCUGGAGAAGAAGGUGGAGAUGAAAGUAAACGAAAUCAGAUCAAACAUAUAACAAUCUUUUCUACUUUAUAUUUUGUGUACAAGCAUUUCUGUGUAAAUCUUGAACAGGAUUCAGCCAUGCAUGACAAUGCUGAUUUUGUAAUCCUUCUUGUUGUUUGGCAGCUCCAUUAGCUUAUCAUCAGUGAA